UCUGGCAGUCGCGCAGCCAACACUUCCCAAGCCACUGGCCAGUCUGGGAAACAAAAGGCAGUAAUGACAGAGCCUGAAGACAAAGAAUCCUCCUCUGAUGAUGAUGACUCGCAGACGAUCGCCGCCCUCUCGGCUCGGAAACGCAGUCGCUCUGAUCCUCGAACUGACCUAUGGGCAGAAGAUGAACCAAUCGCUGACCGACUGGUUCGCCAUAGGUCCUUGAGACACACUGAAGAAGGAUCUUCAGCUGCUGGUGAAGGCACAUCUGCUUCCCAAGCCCAAGCGCCAACUAUUGUGAACAACUCUCCACCUCCUGCGAGCGCUGCCAGUAAUGCACAGUUGGCCUUGAUCCCAGUGCAGAUCAUAGAUGAUAGCUCGCCUGAGGCCGAAGAUAGAGUACCGCUACCGGAUGCACCCCGCAAGGAACCAAGCGAUAUACCUGUCCUGGAACAGAUAGCGCCUGACUCAAUUCCUAUUCCCAGCGAAGCUAACCCAGAGGCAAUGCCAGCGGUCGUUGUGCGUGAGCCCCCAGCCGAGGAGAAUCCAAAUGCCUUCAACACUGAGGACGCUGUAGCUGAAGCUGUAGAGGCAGAAGCUGCUGAACCCGCUCUUAAUAUGGUUGGUCAGGAACUUCUUCCCCCUGCCCCCCAAGUCACUGAAGCCGGAGAAUUGGGAGACCUUCCUGAACCAAUGCCAGAGGCAGCACCUGUCGCUGAACCUCCUGAGGCCCCUGUCGCUGAGCAACCAACUCCCUCCACUCUGGAAAGGUUAGCUCGUGUACUCGAAGUGACCCCUCCUGGGGUCGUAGAUGAAGCUAGAGAAGGCCUUCGUCGCUUCCUGGGCCCUGAUAUCUUGAUUCCUGGUGCGCCCGUGAGAGUCUUAGAAUAUUUGAGGGUACUUCUCCGCGAGGGAGCCAUCACUGAAGAUCAGUUCCAAGAGGUCGAUCAACUGCUGCAAAAUCUCCCUCAAGGGCUCAAUGAGCGGGCAGUCGCGAACGCGCAGGCUAGGCAGACCGAGACGCGCUAUCAGAACCUCACUCAACAAACAGAGACCGUGCGCGAUUUCUUGGAUUCUACAAGUUUUGUUUCAUCACCACCUUGCAUACUUAGAUUUCCCAAGAUAAUGCAGGAUCUUAUGCUAGAUGAUUAUGUACUUCCAAAGUUAGUUUCAAUUUGGCCAUAUCAUCAUGGCAAAGAGAACUUCGAAGCCCGGUCGUGCAAAACCUACAAUUGCAACAAGAGAAGUUAUAAUGUCAGUCAACAAAUAAGGGAGAAUGAGGGCAACUACACUUAA